AUGGAUGACUUACAAAUUGUAGAAAGCGAUGGAGAGAGAAAGUUUUUGCAAUAUUUACAUGGGUAUCCCGGGGAACCAGAAUGGCUCUCUGUAUUACUUGACGAAAAACAAGCUCUACAGGAACCGGAAAAAACAGAAAUACAGCAGGUUAGUCUUACGCUAUUGGCAGGGUCAUCGAGACACAUUACAAGUAAAUUAGCUGAACUUUGCCACGUACCAGCAUAGUAAGACAACUUUUAACGACCAGAUAACACGCAUUAGUACCAUUAAAGGGAAACCGUCGUCGUUGAGCAUGCGCAUUAGUACCCAUCCAAACUUUACAAGUUUUAAAAUGGCUUCGGGCGGCGGUGGAUACGGUCUAAGAAGAAAUACGGGACGGAAACGGAAGAGCGUGGUUUAAACGGAAACCGUCUUCGUUGAGCGUGUGCGUUUGUAUACGAAACAAUGAAGAAAAGAAGAAAUAAUAACUGUAAAUAUAUGAAAAUCAUAUAUGUACACUGCGGUUGAAGAAACGAAUAUAGAAGCGAUCCUCGCUGUUACGAACACUACUGAAUUAGUAGUUGAAAUAAGGCGUGAAAAAAAUUCAGGCCCGUGCGGAAUUUAAACCCAUGACCUCUGCGAUACCGGAAGAAGAAAUCUUUCCUUGGAUGGUGAAGCAUUUUGAAGAAAGAAAGAACUUAGUUAACAGACUUUUUAAGAUCCAUAUCUCGAUUCGUACACUUUUGGGAGACCUUUUUUUUUUUCUUUUAUUAGUAUUCCUUUUCCUUUUCUCGUUUUCAGUUUAUCAGAAAUCCAAGAAUUGUGAAAUAUCUUGAAAUACAAUCCUAUUAGAGAAAAAGCUCACCUUGAAUGUAUUAGUUCUUGCAUUGUGUUUUUUAUGUCGUUGGCCAGUGAGCUUCCCAGCAGGUAUGGCUCCGUGUUCCACCAACCGACGAGAUUUCCUUAGCACCGUUUCGUUUUUACCCUUCGCAGAAUUGUGCAAAGCCCUGUUUUAUCAAGGGAAGUCACCCACUCUAAUACAUACUUUCGUUGUCUUUAACAGAUGCUGGUAAAUUUACGGAUCCAUGUAAGAGUUCUCUACGAAAAACAAAAGAGUCUGGCCGACAAAGUAGAAACCUCUGAACUGUUGGCCGAGAAUAGAUUAGAGCGUCUGUCAGAUAAAGACAAGCAAAUUGGGAAACUGUCACAGUGGAUAAGCGAUCUAAAGCGACAACUUGAGCAAGAGCAACUACGACUAAAUCUGAAACUUAAAGACGUCAAACAUGCUGCUGAGAAAGAAAAAGUUGAGUUUCAAAACGAGAAGGAGAGGGUUGUGGCGGAGUUGGAAAACGAAAAAAGAUCAUUGCAAAGAGAGCUCUACGAGAGCAGGCAUGAAUUAACCCAGCUACAGAAUCGCUUAGAUAAGUCCGUGCAGGAAACAGCGAACGUGAUAGAUAAUUUCAAGUUCUUCUAUGAAGAUUAUCUUAGGUUGGAACAAGAUCUGUCUAAUAUCGAGCGAGAGCUAAUACCAAUACAAAAGCAGUUCCUCCAACUAGCUGAAACCAUGAAUAUAGACCCUGAAGAGUUACAGCGCAAGCUCGAAGAAAUUAAGGAAGCUCUCAGAAAGAGCAAAAGUCACAAGAAUAUAAAGGACGUCUUUGAUAAAGUCUUGAUAGCUGCUGAUAAAGAUCAUACGCCUCAAGAGGAUCCAGCUGCGUCCUCUUCUGGUGGUAGCAGUAACUCAGACAGCUUCACUAAGGGUCAGUUAAGACUGAGUUCGUCCAGCAAAACUAAACAGAGGGAACCGUCCUGUCCUUUCAGCCAAAAAUUACUUUUCGAGGAGUUGGAACAUGGAUCGCCCAAAGAAGCAGAUGAAAAUGUUAUCGUACAGAAAGGAACACUGAAAAGAUCAAAGCUUCGCGUAAAGAUUCCAAAGUUUCAAUGGAAAACACGGUAA